AAAUUUCAAAAAGGACAAAGGAAGGAAGAAGCAAAUUUCGUAUACCCGAACUUCUAUGCAAUUCAAAGAACCACCAUUGAAACCCCCACCACCUCACCACCAUUGCCUUCCACCUCCCUCUCUUCCUGCCCAUAGACAAAAGAUUCUUUCUUGCCGCGCGUCCUCUCCUUGCUGUCUUCGCCACUCGAUCCAAAUCCACUUCUGCAAGCUUCAAUUAAACCUCCAUUAACAUGCACGCAUGAUCUUCCAAAAACAAGCAAUACACCGACAUCGCAGUACCCAUCAAUUCCUCCAAGACCCAUCUCAAUAUGGGAGGAAAUCGAGAACCCCGCGGUCUGAUCGUCGGUAACUACUGCCACGACGUCCUCAUCAAAGACGAGGUAGUACUCGCCGAGACCCUAGGCGGUGCUGUCUCCUUCAUCUCCGCCGUCCUUGACGGGCUCGACAUCACCUCCGAUUACGUAUCAAAAGUGGGUUCUGAUUUUGCAUAUAGCGUCAAUCUCAAUCAUACCCCAAUUGUAUCACCAUCGGGGAAAACCGCCGUCUUCCACGCUUAUUUUACAUCCGAUCCAUCGGAAAUCCGGCGCGAGGAUCGGGUUCUUAAACGGGUCCAAUCAUGCAACCCUAUUUCUCCAUCGGAUUUACCGGAUAAAGCGAAUUUCAAUUUCGGUAUGGCAGUUGGAAUCGCAGGGGAGAUAUCUCCUGAAACCCUAGAAAAAAUGUUUGAUAUCUGCGAUGUUGUUCUCGUCGAUAUACAAGCCCUAAUUAGAGAUUUCGAAAUCGACGGAACUGUUAAGCUAAUGAACCUAAACGAAACUGGUUUUUCUCACUUACUUCCUCGAAUUGGAUUCUUAAAAGCUUCGGCGGAGGAAGCACCGUAUGUGGAUAUAGAAGAAGCUCGGAAAUCAUGCUGUGUUGUGGUGACGAGUGGUAAAGAUGGGUGUACGGUGUAUUGUAAAGACAUAGAACUGCAAAUAUCUCCAUUCACGACUGUUCAGGUUGAUCCAACCGGAGCCGGCGAUAGUUUUCUGGGAGGAUUAGUUGCCGGAUUAGUGCAUGGACUGGCGGUUCCCGAUGCCGCCUUGCUCGGAAACUUCUUUGGAUCGUUAACCGUCGGCCAAAUUGGACUUCCGAAAUUCGAUUCUACAUUAAUGCAGAAAGUGAAAGAUGAGGUACAGAGGAGGAAAAUGCAGUGUGAUGCGCAUGAUGAUGAAUCGAGAUUUAAAAAGCCGAUUGAUCAUGAACAGUUUAUUGCAUCACUAUGCACUGCCAAGUUACUAACAACAGAUGAGGUUCUUGAUCCUGACCCUAGCUACGCUAAUCACCAGAUGUUGUUUCUUAAAAAUAGUGUGUAUGAAGAACCGAUUAAGGCGAUGGACACUAAACCUUAACCCCUGAAACCUCCUUAAUCUUUUUAUCUUCUAAGUAGAAUUAAUUGUAUUUAGGAAUAAGGGAGCAAGGUGUUGUUUGUAGCUGCUAGCCUGCAUUUUUAAGGUCUCCUGUUAACCUAA